GAUAGCCGGACAACCAUCCUAUCCCCACAGACCGAGUCAGAUCGGCGGACCGUUCACAGACGGGCCACAAGGAGCUUGCGUCCCGAUCGGCUGAUACUCAUUCGCGGUGAAGACAUCACGUCUGAUAUUACCUUGUGGAAGAGCCGGCUAUUGUUGACAUUUCUGGCCAAGUGAGCGAGAGACUACCAGGAGUUCGAAGAAUCGUCUUAUCGAAGAUAUCGGCAGAAGCAGCCCGAUUAUCGAGAUCAACGCGUGCUUCAAUUUAAGAAAGAGUCUACAUCGCGCGGAAAGGGCAUAAAUCAAAGUUUUGGAAUCAGAUAACUCAAAGUCGGUACACAUCUCGAAAGCAAAAUAUAUCCACCGGAACAAGAGACAUCGGGGACACUCUUCCGAAUCAUCAGAAAAAAGGGGUGAGAGGAGCGGAAGAAAAAAAGAGGAGACGGCAGAAGAUUCGCUUUAGUGAAGAAAUUUGUGAUUGUGCCGAAGGAUGAUUUUUAUCAGCGCCACGACGUACUUCCUGCUCGCUAUCGUUCUCAUGGCUUUGAUCUUGAUCAUCAUGGAUUAUGUUACAUCGAAGAAAAAACCGAAGAAAUUACAUGACGGCGAAGACUUACUAGACCCACCUGGACCAAAGCCGUGGCCAGUUCUAGGCUCUCUUCACAUUUUGGGACGCUAUGACGUACCUUACAAAGCCUUCGGCGACCUCGUCAAGGCAUACAACAGUCAAGUCAUCAAGCUCAAGAUGGGAUCUGUACCUUGCGUCGUUGUCAAUGGAUUGGAGAACAUCAAGGAAGUCUUGAUCACCAAGGGCCAUCACUUCGACUCCAGGCCAAACUUCAUUAGAUAUCAUCUCCUCUUUUGCGGCAACAAGGAGAACUCUUUGGCAUUCUGCAAUUGGUCGGAUGUUCAGAAGACGCGAAGGGAGAUGUUACGAGGGCAUACCUUCCCACGUGCCUUCACUACACGAUACAAUCAAUUAAAUGGGAUCAUCGGCGGCGAGGUGGGCUGGCUGAUUGACUAUCUGGCCGGCAUCUCUGGUGUUGGCCUGCACGCAAAACCGCUGAUCAUGCACACGUGCGCGAACAUAUUCAUCAAGUACUUCUGCUCGCGAAGCUUCGCUCUCGGCCAUGCUCCCUUACGCGAGAUGAUCGAGAACUUCGACAAGGUUUUCUAUGAGGUGAACCAAGGAUACGCCGCAGAUUUUAUGCCGUUCCUGAUGCCACUGCACCAGCGCAACAUGACAAGGAUGGCGAAUUGGAGUCACGAGAUCAGAAAGUUCAUGGAAAAGAACAUAAUGGGAGACCGUCUAACUAGCUGGAGGUCGGUCAUACCUGAGGAAGAUUACGUGGACUGCUUGAUAAAUCACAUCAAGACCGACGCUGAACCCAAGAUGACGUUGGACAUGGCGAUGUUCGCGUUGGAAGACAUCGUCGGCGGUCAUUCGGCGGUCGGCAAUCUCCUGGUCAAGAUCCUGGGCUACCUGGUUACUCGACCGCACGUACAGAAAAUAGCGCAGAUGGAAAUCGACAGAAUUGAGCUCCCGGGCAAGUUCGUCGGGCUGGAGAACAGAGGAAAUAUGCCGUAUACGGAAGCUAUCAUUCUCGAAGCGAUCAGGCUGAUUGCCAGUCCGAUCGUGCCGCACGUCGCUAACCAAGAUAGCUCCGUAGCCGGCUACAAGAUAGAGAAGGACACGUUUAUAUUCCUAAACAACUAUGAUCUAAAUAUGUCCAAGGAGUUGUGGACAUCUCCUGAAGAGUUCGUACCACAGAGAUUUGUGCAGAACGACAAGCUGUUGAAGCCAGAACAUUUCCUGCCGUUUGGGGGUGGCCGGAGAUCUUGCAUGGGCUACAAAAUGGUCCAAUAUAUCAGUUUCUCAACGAUAGCCACUUUGCUGAAGAACUUCAAUAUAUUGCCGGUAAAGAAUGAAAUUUACAAGGUUCCCAUCGGCAAUCUGGCGCUUCCGGAGAAUACGUUCAAUUUCCGUUUUGAGAGACGGUAGGAUAAAAAACGCGACGAUAAGAUAGAAUAUGAAUCCUGUCGGAUCGAUGAAAUCGGAGAACGAUUUCGAUUUCUCGUCCACGAUUCGACCACGGGCUGGGCUCCUGAAAACUACGCCGAUUAUUCGGAACAUCAGCGAUCAGAGAGACCGAUUGGACUCAAGCUGAAAGCAAUUUUGAAGAAACGGUUCGAUAUGUUAACGCUUGAUGGCAGUUGCGAAUGAGACAAGCAUUUUACAUGUCGGUGUAGUUUUUAUUAAUGUUACACAUAGCGAGGACCAGCGGCUAAAAAGAGGCUUUUGACUCCAACGAAGCUUUACUUAUGUAGGAAAGAUUAGAUACGAGUAGAGAGUAUUCGAUCUCCGAUGCCAAUAGAGCUUUACUGACAUUACUAGGUCGUUAAGAUAGGUAAUUGGAUUGUUUCUCGACUCUUGCUCUAGGCGCGAACACGCGCGGAGCCCAGUUUCGUUAGUUAAAAUUUUUGUUAAUCAUCUUACAUUUCAUAGAACUUUUCUGUCGUUUUUAUUUAAUCAAGUUACAUCAUUUGUCUACAAAAAUUAUUUUAGAUAGGUAGGUAACUAAUUUGACAGACUAUUCAGUAUUCAGUGUUCUGUUUGUUUAAUCAUAUUUAAAGUAUGAGAUUUUCACCUCUUUUAUAUUUGAAUUACUGAACAGUAUGCAGCGAUAAAAAUUAUCGUAUGCAAAGCUCAAUAAUAUUUUUGUUAUAUUAAAAGAUCAUCAUUAACUCUCAAUCAUCAAUAGAAAUUGUCUUGAAAAAGUGUCAUACAUCGCCAAUUAUUUAACGACUGGUUUAGAAAGUAAGAUCUCGUGAAUUGACAUUAAUAAGAAGUUAUUAUAUUAUAUUAAGAAAAAUGCCAGUGCGAAGUUCGAACAAUUCACGUGUAUAACUUGAACGUAUCAAAGAUAAUCGAUGAAGAAGAAGACUGAAGUUAUUUAUAAAUUUUUUGUGUUUAAAGGCGUACUGUUUACAAGCUUGACGUCGAGAAAUAUGCACUUUUGUGUUGUUCGAUUUAGAUUCCUUUUGCAAAAGGUUCUAACUUUACAUUUCAACUGUAAGGUUCACGAUUCUACUGUUAUUUACAUGUAGAGAGAAAUGUGAAGUGUGCAUUCUGCAUAAAACAUACACAUUAUACAUUGAAAAUUGCAUUUUUAUUUCUUCUUCUUCUUCUAAAUAUACUGAACGACUUUUAGUGUUAUUAAUCAUUAUGCGCGUUACUUCAUUGUUUUCGACAUAUCAUUAUAUUUCAUGAUGUGAGGUGGUGCGAGAUAAUCUUGAGGAGUAAUCUUGAGAGCACGAGGGCAAAGAAUAGGAAAAGCGAUUUAAGAGAAAACAAAAAUAUUAAAAUGAUACGAGAAGAUUUAACACAGUUUCCGAAGCAUUAGCAUUUUUAAUUGAAAUAAUAUGAUUUAAAAUAAUUAUUAUAUUCGAUAAUUAAUAUUUU